AUGUUUUUUUGGUAUUUUAAGAUGCCACUUAUUUUAUUGCUUUGGUGUGUAAGUGUCUUGUUAUGUGACGUUCAGAGCGCUGCCUUUGUGGAGAAAAAGGGUUCCGUUCUGGAGAUGGUCUUCCUUAUCAACCUUGUGGGCUGUCUGAUCCCUGGUGUUACCUGCCUCUUCUGUAGACGUGAUGCCUGGCGCGAUAUGUGGCACACCGCAAUUUCGUUUUACCAAAGUACCGCCCUCUUGAAGCUGAUUUUAGCUGUGUGCUGCGUUAACGUACUUGCUACGGGGCUGAUGUUUUCUAGUUUUACAUUGGCGGGCAUGACGCAAGCGUAUGCCAUCAAGACGAUGGAGCCUCUCGUGAUGUGUCUUCUUUCAGCCGAACUUAUGCAAGGAUUGAUACGAAGAUUUGUGACAGAUGGGAAAGCUGCAAAAAGUCAUCCUUUUUAUGACGAUCCACACGGCGCACCUUCGAAAACUAUUUCUUUAGCCACAUGGAUUUCCGUUUUGUUUGUAUGCAUUGGAGCUCUUCUAACCUCCGGGUCUUUAAAACGCAGUGGGGAGACCUUUAGUAGCGCUGCCGUAAUAAUCUUUGCUUACACACUUGUUUUUGUUAGUAAUUCUGCGCUAGCAUUGCGAACUGUACUAUUGAAGCCAUUGCUGCAUACAAUCCCAAACGACGGUUCCAUUUUUCCGGCAUCGGUGGUGCACUGUUUUAUGAUGUUUUUGGGUUCUAUGGUGUUGCUAGGUCCUGCUUUGGUAUUCAGAGGAAAAAAUAUGAUGGACUAUAAUCUUGACAUGUGGAAACAAAUAUUGGUUGUGGGGAUUAGUUAUGGGGUGUAUCAGGUCUUCAAUGGUGUGGUUUUGUUCUUUGUUACUCCUUUGUCCUAUAGCAUUUUAAAGCAGGUUCGCGUUGUGUUGAUCUUUUUCUUUUCAGCUUAUUACUUUGGAAAAGAAUUUGGGAGUUUUGCGCAACUUAUUGUUGGCUUACUGCUGUUGUUCGGUGGAAGCUAUUGUUACGUGUUGUACUAG